UUUGCAGUCUGGUUUGCUGAUAUUUGUGCUUAACAAAAUACUUGAUUUUUUAAAACAAUAAACCCUACUAGAUAAGUCGUACGACAGCAAAGAAUGUUGCAAAUUUUUUCUUAGAUACACCCUCAGUUGUUUGUAAUGCAUAUGCAUUGAUGUCGAUUUAAAAUUUUCUCAAAAAACCAUUUUCCUUAUGGAGUCACUCUUCAGAAAAGUGAGGAAGAGUCCACAGGCUGGAAAACAUAGCAAGUUAGGAGAAGGCUGGGAAGAAAACAGGGAAGCUGUGACAGAGGGUGUGGCAUUUUAUCUCAAGUAUUUGGGCUCAACACUGUUAGAUGAACUUCCACAGGGAGAAAGUUAUGGAGAAGGGGUCAGUUCCAAGGCAGUUCAAAGAAUUGUUGAUAUGGCUAGAACUCAAGGAAGGAAACUGAACAAAGUAAAUUUGAAAGUAUCACCGUCUGGGAUAAAAGUAACAGAUAUGGACAGUAAACAGCUACUGAUGGAUGUGUCUAUAUACAGGAUAUCAUUUUGUACAGCAGAUAGGAAUCAUGAUAAAUUGUUUGCAUUUAUUGCUAGAAAUAGUAUCAAUGAAACCAUGGAGUGCCAUGCCUUCUACUGUGCUAAAGAAAAAAUUGCCCAGGCUGUAACGUUGUCGGUUUCACAAGCAUUUAAUCUUGCUAAAGAUCAAUGGGAAAAAUCAAAGAAUAUUAAAAAUUCACACCAAAAUACACAAAGUGUACAUGAAGAAAAUCAUAGAAUUGUAGAGCAUACUGAAGUACCUCCAGUACCGCCUAGAAAGAUUCAAUCAGCGCCACAAAUAAACCUACUCUCAGAAACACAUCCACGUCUACCAAGUUUACCAAAACCAGAGAGUGCUAGAACUCUAUACACCAACUCAUCUAGUCCUAGACAAGGCUGGCAAACAUUUGACGAGUCAGCUGAAGAUAGCCCAGUCAGUUUUAAUCUCGGUGAAACAGAUAAUGAUAAUCUAGAUGAUUGCUUUUCUCAGCUUGCAGAAAAUAGAAGUAGAAAGCAAUCAUUUCCAAAGUUUUCAACAGAUUUACACCAGGAAGACCUUGAUGACAGUGUCUCUGAGUAUAUGGACGGGAAAAAAUGUCUGGAGGCAUUUUCUCGGACAAAAUCAUUAGAAGAUUUGAUGAAUAUUUAGCUAGUGCAAACAUUGUAGUCCUUGUUGUUAGAUAUAAGAUGUUCAUGUUAUAAAACUUAUAGUCAGCUUGGUAAAUAUUCUAUGAUAUUUUGUACAUGUAAUAGGUUUUUGAAAUCAUGAACUUUGGCCCUAAUACCUAGAGAGCAUCAUUUCUAAAUAGCAUUUAAAACCAGCAGAAUGCAGGAAUUAAAUUGACUUUAUAUUUAAUUGAAUAAUUAUUAAAUAGUUUUUUUUAUAGAUUGGGAUAAAACAUUAUUUCCUUUUUAAUUUGCUGAGUAUUGUUACAUGGCUGGUUUUAUGUGGCCUAAAGGUGGCAUAUAGUUUUUGUAUUGUUCAUCUGUCUGUCCCCUUUUUGUGCGGUUCAUUAUUUUGAUAUUCUUGGAUGAACUUUGAAAUAAUUUUUCAUUAAUGUUUAAUGCAGUGCUACAAUGUAUGAUGAUCGAGAACAAGUUUGUAGCUUAAAGGUCAAUCACACUUUGACUUGAAAGGGAAAAGUUUAUGAUAGUUGUGGCAUAUCAUCAAUUCUGUUGUUUAUGAAGGGAUUUUGAAAUAACAAAGCAACAUUUUGUUAUACUACAUUAAGAACACUUGUCAUGCACAAACGCCAGGUCGACAUCUAGAAGGGAAAGGGUUAUACUUGGAUGUCAAAAUAGUACAUUGAUGGUUGUGUCUGUUCAUAUCUUUGUCAUUUAUUCAUGGAUGUUUUUUAAAUAAUUGGGCAUACUGAGAAUAUAAGAAAAGGUUUGUUAAUGUUUCAUUAUUUUUUGGCACUGCCUUUAUGU